AUGGACGGGUUGAGUGCUGGCGCAAGCGUCAUAGCAGUUGUGUCGCUCGCCGCACAGCUCGCCGCAGGCACCCACACUCUAAUCAAGUUUCUUGAGACAGUGUCGGAUGCACCAUCCGAAAAACAGCGCCUCGAAAGCCUUCUUGAACAGAUCUACGCGAUCGCGACAUGUGCCCGGAACGCCCUCGAAUACCAACAGAGACUUCACGGCGAUAAGCAUAUUCUAGCGGACGGCAUUCACACUUCAUUGCUCAAUUGUCAGAAAAAAGUUCAGAGGAUUGAACAACUCGUCGAUCGAUUCAAAAAGACCGAGGAGGGGCGCACGGUGGUGAGUCGGAAAUGGGCUUCAGUCAAGUUGGCUUUGAAGAAAGGAGAUGUGCUUGAACUUGAGCGACAGCUUAGCCAGGCUCUCCAAAUAUUGAAUCUCUCACUCACUACGCAGUCUUUGUAA